GCAUGGUUAAGGCACCGAAUGCUCCUACAAUCUGAAUUUCACUAGUGUUCGCUCGAGUCCGUCAGCGGUUGGGAUGGAUUUCCCCGCACUUCGACCAAUAGCCCCGUCUUCGACAUUUGAGCGGAUCGAGGGCCGGACCGUCUUAGCGGGGACCCACGUCUCGGGAGGGAUCCUGAACGUCACCGUCCACGAACCGGAAUCCACACCGCGACGCGUCGAAUCCUUCUCGACCGUCCCCUUCCUUCCCGAUGCCGACUUCGUCGAGCGACCUGACGUGACUGCGUGGCUGGAUACAACCCUCGGGCAGCCUGGCAGCCGUGCCGCCCUCGUCGGCCUGGGAGGUAUCGGCAAGUCUCAGAUAGCGAUCGAGUACGCGCACCGAAUCCGACAACAAUCGCCGACUACGUUCGUGCUCUGGGUACACGCGGACACCGAAGCGCGGUUUGAGGAGGCGUAUCGCGGCAUUGCAGAGCGACUGCAGCUGCCACACCGCCAUGAUCCCAAGGUCGAUGUGCUGCAGCUGGUGUAUGACUGGUUGUUCAGCGCGGAGAAUGGGUACUGGCUAAUGAUACUGGACAAUGCGGACGAUGUCGGAGUGUUCUAUCCAAGCAUUCGCGACCGGGCUGGGACAACUAUAUCAAAGCAACGAGUAUUGGCGUCGCUUCUGCCGCAGACUGAGAAUGGCAGGAUCCUCGUUACGUCGCGGAACAGGGAUGCGGCCGAACGGCUAGCAGGCAGCUGGGGUGUCUUCCCCAUGCAGCGGAUGGGCGAGAACCAAGCAACGCAAUUACUUCAGAAAAGGCUUCGCGACAAAUACGAGGAAGAGGCAGCCGCCCCCUUAGCUCAAGCGCUCGAGUACAUACCUCUCGCAAUCACCCAGGCAGCUGCGUACAUCGCCCGACGAUGGCCACGGAUCUCAUGCUCGACGUAUCUGGAACACUUUCGAAAGAAUGAGAAAAAGAAGGAAAGCCUGCUAAAUCGAGAUCUGGGUGAUCUUCGGCGUGACGGGACGGCAGCGAACUCGGUCAUGGUGACGUGGCAGAUCACGUUUGAGCAGAUCCAGAAGGAGCGGCGGUCGGCAGCAGACUUGCUCUCUCUCAUGAGCCUUUUCGACCCGCAGGAGAUACCGGAAUGGGUACUGCGAAGCUACUAUCAGCGGAGACGCAUGAUUGGGGAAUAUCACGAUGAUGGAAAGUCUGACGACGACGACGACGACGACGACGACGACGACGACGACGACGACGACGACGACGACGACGAUGAUGAUGAUGAUGAAAACGGCGAAGAUGACAACGACGACGACGACGGUCUGGACGAUGACCUAGAAACGCUCCGAGAUUACUCGCUUGUGGCCGUUACCGUGCAACAAGGUAUCUAUGAGAUGCAUGCACUCGUACAGUUUUGUGCGCGAGCAUGGCUCUCGUUAGUGGGUAAUAUAGCAAGAUGGAAGCAGAUAUUUCUACAAGCCUGCAGAUACUAAGGGAGCGACAGAAUGGGCGCGUUUAUUGACAAACGCAGGAUCAUAUAGGUGGAAGGUGGGAGGGUAUGAGAGUGCUGAGGCAUUACUGCGGAAGGCAGUAGAGGUUCAAGAGGCAGUUCUUGGCGCAGAGACUAGGGAUAUGCUUAUAAGCGUUAGCAUUCUUACUGAAUUACUGCGGCACCAGGGCAAGUAUGAAGAGGCGGAGGCGAUGAACCGACGGGCGCUUGAUGGUUAUACGAAGGUGCUGGGCAAAGACCAUCGUUCCACACUCACCUGUAUCAGCAAUCUUGCUGGAGUGCUCCAGGACCAGGGGAAGUACG